ACUUCCGGUUUAUCUUAGAUGAUAGAAAGCGAAAACAAACGUCGCUGGUUCAGGCUAGAUCUUAAUAACUAAUUAUUUAUAUGCCAUAUUGUUUAUCAAGGUCAGCAUGGAGUUUCUAUCUACGAACAGCUAUUUUAACUGCAUAUCUCCAGAUAUAUAAUACAAAAGAUGUAUUUUCUGUAAUGACAAGUAAAUAAAUUAGUGCUUGAUAUUUAAUAGAACUGACUUGGGACAGUUUUUCAAUGCACAGUUAUGUGAAAGUUGUCACAAACUGUGGUAUUUGUGCUAGACAAUGGAAAAUAGAUCAAAAUCAUAUUACAUUUCAUAGGAAAGAAUUCUUUCCAAAAUGGAGGAGUACAGUAACCUAAAACCACAGUUCAAGAAUGAAUCUCUUGCCAUGACAUCACUUCCUGUUUUCCCACCUCGCUCCCUGCCUGGUACUUUCCAAAAUCCAGGAAUGGCUUCCCACUAUGGGUUCAAUAUGGAUAUGCUUGGUCACACGGCUAGUAUUUACAACCACCCUCCACCCACUCACCACCCUGCAGCAAACAAAAUGACCUCCCACCCACAAGAGGCAGACCAGCGUCACAUCAACCACAGCUUUGGCCCUAAAGUUGUCGCUCCUCCAAUGUCCUAUCACAACUUUGCCCCACUUACCAGCUGCAACAUUAUAACAACCAAUGGGUUUUAUAACAACAACACAUCAGCUGAACUGCCCAAACAUCCCUUUGAUGAGGUUUUGAACUCCCCAGCCAACUUCAAUGACCCAUCUCUCAAUCCUCAAAUGAUGUCCAAAGUCCAGUAUCACCAGCCUCCAGGUUCCAUCAUGGCAGAACUAAAUCAUUACUCUCAUGAGCCAGUCAACUCUUACAUUCAGACCCUGAAUAGUACAUUACAAAAUGAAAACAGCAUGACAGAACAGAAGAAAAGGCCAAGGUCCCAAAAAGUUCUAUCUAAACCACUGGCGCCUGACUUGCAGAUGAAUGUUGAUAUGAACCAAAUUAACCAUUGUAAUGUUUUGAAUGGGGGUAAUAAUAUCAGUACAAAUAACACAAAUAAUAAUAAUAAUGUAGUGAAUAAUGUAGUCAGUGAAUUUAAAGAAUCUCAAGAUAUCUCAGGAGUGUGUAACAGUAAAACUGCCUUCAAAUGUGGAUUUUGUGACUUAAAAUUUUACAGCAAUGAUCUACUACUGGGACACCUGAUUUCUCACACAAAUUGCUUGCCAUAUAGGUGCGGUGUAUGUAAUACGGGCUUCAUUGAAGGAAGCUACUUGUUAAGACAUGUACAGCUGGCUCACAAUUUAAAGCACCCCUAUGAGUGUGGACUCUGUACCUUGACAUUUCCGCAAAAUGACCUAUUUUUAGAACAUGUAAAAUCUCAUGAGAGUCAACAGAAUAUGGAUGUUGGUGGCAGCAGAAAUAAAUUACCUCCCUUUGUUAAAGAAGUGCAAGAAAAGCCUGAUAAGAAUACAAAAGAAGAGGAAACUGAGGUAGAGGAUGAUGACGACGAGGAAGAGAACAGUGGAGAUAAUUCGUGUAAUGGAUGUAAGAGCUCUUCCAACAGUACUGUUCUAAUUGGCAUGGAAACUAAUUUGAGCUUAAGGAAGGGGCCAUCGAAAAUUGUGAUGGAUGAUGUGGACUUGAAUGAGGUUUGUACCAUCAUCGUAGAGCCAUCCAGUGCAGGUGGCAUUAGGAAGAAACAUCUGUUCAAAUGUAACUUUUGUGCUAAGAUCUGCAAAGAUAAAGGUUCUUUAGUAAGUCACGUGAGAACACACACCAAAGGUAGGCCUUAUGAAUGUAACAUGUGCUAUGCCAAAUUCAAACAGUAUGCACAUUUGAGUGACCACAUUAUGACAAAACACACAAAAGAACGACCUUUUGUUUGUGAUCGCUGUGCCAAAACUUUCAACCGGAAGUCUCACCUCCAGGACCACAUAAGACUGCGCCACACUGAAGACAAGCUGUACCAUUGCCCUGAGUGUUCACUGACCUUCCAGAAGAGAGCAGAGUUCUCAGACCACAAGCGCACACACGGGAAACCACCCAAGUACCAGUGCAACAUGUGCUCUAGACAGUUCAGAAAUGUGACAGAUUACGAGCGCCACAUUCGUAGUCACACAAAGGAGAAGAGGUUUGAGUGUGAGGUUUGUCAUCUAACCUUUGGACUUUUGGCUAACGCUAAGAAGCACAUGAUCAAACACAGUGAAGAGAGACCAUUCAAGUGUGAUGUUUGUCCGAAGGCGUAUCAUUUUGAGCAUGAUUACAAACGCCACAAGCUAACUCAUCUAAAUAAAAAACCAUUCCCCUGUUCUGAGUGCUACAAGUCAUUUAAAACUGCUGUUCUUUUAAAAAAACAUGCCAAAGAAACACACAUGCAGUCUGAAGAUGAUCCAGAGACAAAACCAUUCAAGUGCCAGACAUGUAGAAAACGGUUUAAAAUACAAUGGGAUCUUGAUAGACAUAGAAAAAUUCAUGCAAGGAAAAAGGCUUUUCUUUGUUUAUAUUGUUAUAAGAGUUAUGGUAGUGAGCAAAUGCUUGCUAAGCAUGCGAAAAUACAUGAAGGCCAAAACUUGCCACUUUAUGAUCAUUCCCAAGACAUUAUAGAUGAAUCUGAAACUGAGGAAAAGCCCAAAAAAAGAGGGCGAAAGUCAAAGAGAUUUAACAAUUCUGAGUCAACCGAAAUUGAAGAAUCAGAGAAAGAAGAGAAGCCAGUUAAAAGGUGUCGUUCUUCCAGAAAGGGUGUGAAGUCUACAAGCUACAGUGUUUCAGUGUCAAAAAUCAGACGUAGAGGAAGACCAGCUAAGCCGAAACCAGACUCUGGUUCAGAAGAAGAAAGGACUCCGCCCCGCAUCAAAAUUACUUUCAGACAAAAAAAAUUUCACCCCAGUAAAUUUACUUGUGAAAACUGCAACAAAGUUUUUUUAAGCAAAGCCCUGCUUCAGAGGCAUUCCCUCACUCACAUGGAGGAAGACACAGAAGUGGAGGAGCAAUCGUCAGCCAAUGAGGAUAGUAAGCCUUCAGCUGGGGUAGUUGAGAGUUCUUUAGAAAACACAGUGGACAAUAACGAUAAAAGUGAAACCACAUCAGAUCAAAUCACUGAGAAUACUGACAGUGUAAAAUCGAUAAAAAUAGAUGGGUUUUCAGCUCAUUUUAAUCAAAUCAGUCAGAUGACAUCUGGGGUGUGAGUAAAAAUGAUAGAUUUCUAUCUUUGAAAAAAUAUAAAUCUCAUUUCAUUGUAAUCUCUUGUUUUUAUUGGUGGUGGGGAAUUUUCUGUUCUACCUUCAUUGUUUGACAGAUUUGAGAUAUUUGUUUUUGACAAAUUUAACAUUCCGUGAUAAUAGACACCUAUUAAAAAAUAUAUUUAGAAGAUGCAAUUCAUUAUAUAUCACCUCAUAGCAAUAAAGCAUUUUGUUAUAUUAUUGUACAUAAAAUUCCAUUUUUUUUUACUUAGCUUUAAUUUACUUGUUUAUGUAAAACAACAUAACUAAAAUUAUUACUAAAAAUGUGUAACCCUCAAGCUACUGCAGUAAUUCAGCUUACAAUUACCUGCAUAGUUCAUUCUCAAAGGCCAGGAGCUGUUCCAAGGACCAUCAUGAGUCCCAUCCGCCCAAUUUUUAGCUGGCUAUAUCAGCUGAAGAUUCAGGUUUCUGAUAAACUCUCCACCAUGGCCUAAUAUCAGUUCCUAAAACCUUUUUAUUAAGUAACUGGUCAGUUAAAAUAACUGAAUUAUUGAGCAUGUUUGAAUUUAUGUAAAGAAAUUUUUUAAAUUUUACUUUAAAAUUGACCAGUAUUUAAAACCUGCAAACUAAAAUGUAUUGCUGUGUUAUAUUAGUAUAAAGAUUUAAUUAAUAGGUUUAUGUUUUUAAAAAAAAAAAAAGAUUUUUAAAAAUAUGAUGACCUAUUAGCAAUAAAUAACAGAUACAUCAAUUUUGUAACUAAGUUUAAAAACAACUCAGGUAAAUGUGCAAUAAACCCCCCCUUUAGGUUUUUUUGAAGUAUGGCUUGAGAGUCUACAUUUUUAACAAUUUUUUUAACAUUAAAAAGUUAAUUUUUGCUAUUAUGAUAUGUAUAUUAUAUAUACUGUUUAAAAAACCUUAUACUUAUAGGUUUACUAAAAAUGAUCUUUUAAAAAUUGAUUUAGAAUCUAUUACUUUUAUGCAGGGUACACUUAAUUUCCCUAUACUCUAUUAACACUUUCCCUACAAGUUGUGUAUCUAGCUUAACAUUUUUGCUGUAGAAAUGUAUUUACAUGUAACAGAAAUGUUUUUUUUUUUUGUAAUUAUUUUUGUUUGGAUUUAAUGGGGAUUUUUAGAUCAUAUUAUUUACAUUACUUUGAAGAAGAUAUAUACACAAAAAGGGUUGACUUGUCUAUUCUUCAGAUAAAAAAAAAACUUUUUAAAAAGUAAGAAUGUAAUGACCCAGGGUAUUUUCAUUCUAGUCACAGUAGAUUUUAACAGCUGUCACAUAAUGAUUGUAUACAAUUUUGUUCAUGGCCUCGCUAAAAUUAAAAAUAGUUGAUAAUAAAAUUAAAUUAUUUUUGAUUUUCUAUAAUUUACUUAAGUUUACACAUACAAUGGCAUAAUACAUAAGCAGCUAAAGCUGUUAAAAUGUGUUAAAUGUUUCAUAUGCAUUUACCAUUAUAUUAAAUAUGCAAUUAUCAGUAUCUAAAUCUGUUCAUUGACUCAAUUAAUCCCAGGCCACAGUUGUUGAAAUUGUUUCAUAAAAUUAUUGUUUGACAAAAUUUAUCAUUGUAUACAAUAUUAGUUUUUACAUAUUGUUUUUAAAGUUCCGACCUAUGCUUCCAUUUUGUUAAUGAUAUAUUAAUGUUUUUACGUGUUGACACUGAUCUGAUUCAUUCUUGUUUAUGAUUUUUACACAACAAUAUUAAAAUACCUAAUUAACC